CUCUGGCUUCAUGGAAAGAUCUGUACAAAGGAGCAAUUCUAAGAGACAGACGACGGGAGACUGGAAGCAGCGGUGUAGAAUGCUGACGAGUAUUGACGAUCUCCGGUCUCUCCACUUCUGGAAGGCAGUCGCAGCUGAAUGUCUAGGGUCGCUGUUGCUGACCCUUGUGGGAUGUGGGUCGUGUGUCGACUGGGACACGGAAAACAAAGUCGUCAGAGUAUCUCUAUGCUUCGGACUGUGUUAUGCUACCAUCAUUUGGAUGUUUUAUCACGUGAGUGGCGGACACGUGAAUCCCUCCAUUACAUUUGCUCAUUUCGUGACGAGGCGUGUAAGUCUGGCUCGAACUGUCUUGUAUAUUGUGGCACAGAUGAUCGGAGCUCUGAUUGGGGCCGGGAUACUCAAGGGACUCACUCCUUCAUCACGGGGUGGGGCGGCUACCAAGCUUCACCCAGAUGUAAACAGUGGUCAGGGAUUUGGGGUGGAAGUGUUCAUCACAUUCUUCGUCGUGUUGACCUUUUUUGCUACUUAUGACAAGAAGAGGAAGGACCUAAGUGGUUCAUUUCCCCUGACCAUUGGGCUAGCCAUCGCUGCUUGUCAUCUUUUCGCCUACAACUAUACAGGAGCCAGCUUGAAUACGGCGAGGAGUUUUGGUGCCGCGGCAAUGGAUGGAGAAUGGACUGACCACUGGAUUUACUGGCUUGGGCCGUUCUUUGGAGCGACGUUAGGGGGACUGGUGUAUGACAAUGCCUUUGCUGUGAAUGCCUCGCUGGAAAAAGCCCGGUCUUUCCUCCUGGCCAGCGAAUAUGAACACGACAGUUACCCCGCCAAAAAGACGAAAAUUAAAAUCAUCCAAGAAGAGAUCGAGGAGGCAAACAACACUUCGGAUAAGCCUGUGGUGGAAUCGGCCUGAAUGAUAGAGACAUUGAUGCUCUGUAUAGCCAUUUUGUAUGAAUUCAAUCGCUAUAGAGAUUCCGAUUUUUCUUCGUCAUUCUUUUCCGGUUCUUCUCCAUCCUCCAAUUUUGAAUUUUCUUCUGAUGGAUAUACCAUUUCACAAAUCAUGACAGAUUUACCGUUGUUGUUGGUGAUCAGAAACUUGUUUUGGUUAUUCUUGGAUAAUGUCAACGCCACUGGCAUUUCUAAGCCGUCUGAUUUUGAUAAUACAGUUUCUUUUUGUUCACCAUCAAGUGAAAAUCUGCAAAUGCUGUGAGUCCAGCGACCUACGACUAGAAGGCUUUGAUCUUGUAUUACCAAAGCGCGGCAAUACUUGAGCGACGAAUCAGCAUGCAUGAUGGAAUAUUUUCCGCUGGGAGAAAUACUGUGAAUGGUGUCGGUUUUCCAUCCAGUGAAGUACACAUAUUUGUUGUCAUCUGAGCAGAUGUAUCUCGCAGAGCAGUCGCGAAUCACAGUAGUUUCAAUUAUAGUCCCAUCUAUGUCCAGUGUAGUUAAAUGAGUGCCACACGCCGUUACCAAUAAUUCUCCAAUCCGAGUUAUUCCAAAACACUCAUAACCAACGUGUACGGUUUUUGUCACUUUCAUUUUACCCAAAUUAAAGAACUGGAUCAUGAGUUCAUUGGGUAACGUCAUCACAAUCUGAUCCUUGUCCAGGAGAACCACAUCGCGUGGGUUUCCAUGCAGCGGAAUUGUAUGAAGGAGGUUUCCAUCUUCGUCGUACAGGAGUAUUCUGCAGUUGUUACUGUCCGCCAGUAGUAUCCUCUCGUCAGGAAGACUAAGGGCACUAGUUAUCCAUGGCGGUGCGCCAUUAAUACCACGUUCUACUCCGAAAAUCUUCUUGAUAUUCAUCUCCAUAUUGUACAGUGAUAGAUCCACCCUUUCCUAUUAAACCUUGCACCUUACUAAUAUUUAUGUAUAUGCAGCAUACAUUAUCACAGGUGGUUCAGCGUGUAUAUGAUAAUGACAAUAUUGAAUGUUUAUUUUACAGGCGUGCAGAUUAUACUUUGUAAUGUUACACUGCAGUUUACCUCUCUUAAAAGCAUUGAUUCGAUUUUAUAUAAUUAUAUUUUUCUUUAUAUGAAUAAAUUCAUUCUAUGUC